UGGCGCAAGAUGACUCAUCAUGGCCAACCCAACCAACAAGCUAUAAGCAAUCUGAAUUACCAGAAUUUAAGGUUCAAUGUAACUUGUCGACUACUCAAUUAGAUCAUAUCACAUAUUAUUCAAAUUUAUUUAAACAAUUCUCUAGUUUCAACCGAUUACAACGUAUUGUGGCUUACGUUCAAAGGUUCAUUCAUAAUUAUUGUAAUAGGAAAAAUAAGCGUAGUGGUCACCUAACAAUCCAUGAAGCACAGCGUGAACAUUUUUCACAAGAAUAUACGUUAUUGAAAAAUAAUAAAAAUUUACCUAUUAAAAAUUCAUUAUGCAAUUUAAAUCCAUUCUUUAACAAAGCUGACGAACUUAUGCGAGUGGGAGGUAGACUUAAUAACUCUUUUUAUGAUUUUGACACAAAACACCCCAUAUUGCUUUCAUCAAAGCAUCACCUCGCAGAACUCAUAUUCAGACAAUAUCACAUUUGGCUUAUGCACGCUGGUCCACAGUUGCUUUUGGCUACCUUGCGUCACAAAUUUUGGGUUAUUGGGGGCAGAAACUUGGCUCGCAAAACAGUUCAAAGAUGUAUUAAAUGUUGUCGUUUCUCGGGAAGGAUUAUACAACCAAUCAUGGGCAAUCUUCCCGAACAGCGCUUGCAUGCUGAGUUUCCGUUCACCAACACUGCUGUUGACUACGCCGGGCCGGUCAUGAUACUGAACCGUAAGGGAAGAGGAAGUAGAACUAUGAAAUCUUAUCUUUGCAUAUUUGUGUGUUUAGCCGUCAAGGCCGUGCACAUAGAACUUGUGACCGAUCUGAGCAGUGAGUCAUAUUUAGCUGCAUUAAAUAGAUUUAUUGCUCGUAGGGGCAAACCAACAAACAUUUUUUCUGAUAAUGGAACAAAUUUUGUAGGCGCAUGUAACGAAUUAUCUAAAUUCCUUAAACAGAAUUCUGAUACUAUUAAAUCACAAACAUCGAACAUGUCAAUUAACUUUAGAUUUUCACCAGCUUAUAGUCCACAUUUUAACGGAUUAGCUGAGGGUUCGGUUAAAUCAUUUAAACACCACUUGAAGCGAGUAGUAGGUUGUACUAAUUUAACUUAUGAAGAAAUGAAUACGGUUCUUGUACAGAUUGAGGCGAUCUUGAACUCAAGACCCCUCACCCCUAUUUCUUCAGAUCCAUCGGAUCUUACAGCUCUCACACCAUCGCAUUUUUUAAUUGGACGAACAAUAACAUUUCUGCCUACUCCUCAGGUCAAGGAAACUACUGCUGUGCACACUCUUUCCCGAUAUAUGAGAACACAGCAACUGAAAACCCAUUUCUGGAAUAGAUUUCAUAAAGAAUACAUUACAGAACUUCAAAAACGACAGAAAUGGCGCAAAGAUGGAGGACAGCUCAAACUGGGAGAAAUGGUCGUAGUAAAAGAUGAGCGACUGCAUCCCAACCAGUGGCUUCUGGGACGAGUGACUCGCCUCCACCCCGGCUCCGACGGCGUGACCCGCGUGGCUGACGUCCUCACCUCUUCAGGGAUACAACGACGGGCCUUUAACCGACUGUGUCCCCUACCCAUCGAAGAUCAGAACUCCGUUCCUGGGCCGGCAACAUGUUGACGCCUUGUGUGCAAAUUAUUAAUUAUACACACACACACAGGCUCGCGUGGGCUCAUCGGCCGAUCGCCCCUCCCGCCCCGCGCGCCUUAUCCAGCGACCGGCACUCUCAGCUGCGCGGCUCGUGCGAACAGUCGAACACACGCAUUAAUAAUUACAAUUUGUUUGGACUUGUCUUUAUGUAAAUUGCCGAGCACAAAUAUAAACCUUGAACUACCA